CGGUCGUAGGGCCUGCGGAGGCGCGGGCAUGCGAGGGGCUCUUUAAAGCGCGCCGGGCACGGGCUCCCACAGACUCGGGGUUCCUCGCGCCCCUCCUGCUCCAUCCCGCAGCCCCAGGCGCCUCCAGUCCAGCCUCCGCAGCCUCCCCGUCUCCCCAGCCUCCGGGGCGCAAGGAAUCCUCCCGACCUCGCCGUCAGCUCGUGAACAUGGCGACCCCCACCGGGCCCCGGGUACCCUGCUACGAGGCCGCCGUCGCUCGGGCGCUCCUAUUCGGCUGGGUCCUGGUCCGGGUGGCCGGAGCCACAGGCACUACAGAUGUAGUAGUAGCAUAUAAUUUAACUUGGAAGUCAACUAAUUUCAAGACCAUUUUGGAGUGGGAACCCAAACCCAUCAAUCAUGUCUACACUGUUCAGAUAAGCUCUAGAUUAGGAAAUUGGAAAAACAAAUGCUUCUACACAACAGACACAGAGUGUGACGUCACCGACGAGAUCGUGAAAAACGUGAAAGAGACAUACUUGGCCCGGGUCUUUUCCUACCCAUUGGAUGCCAUCGGUUCUACUGGGGAGCCUCCGUUUACCAACUCCCUGGAGUUCACACCUUACCUAGAGACAAACCUUGGACAGCCCACAAUUCGGAGUUUUGAACAAGUUGGGACAGAACUGAAUGUGACUGUACAAGAUGCACGUACCUUAGUCAGAGUGAGCGGCACAUUCCUAAGCCUCCGCGAUGUUUUUGGCAAGGACUUGAAUUAUAUACUUUAUUAUUGGAGAGCUUCAAGUACAGGAAAGAAAAAGGCCACGACGAACACUAAUGAGUUUCUGAUUGAUGUGGAUGAAGGAGAAAACUACUGUUUCAAUGUUCAAGCAGUGAUUGCAUCACGAAGAGCCAACCAGAAGAGUGCAGAAAGUCCCAUCGAGUGUACUAGCCAAGAGAAAGUUCUGUCCACGGAAAUGCCCUUCAUCGUUGUAGCAGUGAUGCUUGUUGUCAUCAUCUUCAUCAUCGUCCUGUCUGUGUCUCUGUAUAAGUGCAGGAAGGCGAGAGCAGGGCGAAGUGGGAAGGAGAGCUUGCCCCUCAAUGUUGCAUGAAAGAUCCUGCUCUUGGAUCUGCCAGCUCUGCAGAACUCGUGUUGCACUGUGACCAAGAACAUUUAAGGCAGUAGAAUACAUGGAAACACAAAUGAGUGUUUGGAGCUUAGAGAGAGACCCUUGGGCUCAAAGAAAGCUCUUAUCUGACCUAUUCUCACGAUUAGCAUUCUGGUUUCAACAUCAGCAUUAGACACUUUGGGACGUAAUGAGCGGUACAACCAAUUCCAAGUUUUUUCAAUUUCUAUUUAUUUUAAUGCUACAGCACCUUUUGCACAUAUCAUGCUCUAGACUGUAUAUUUUCUACACUCAAGUUGAAGCCAGAUCAUCUAAGGAAAAACAAAUGAACAAAUGCCCUAAAAAGUCCUGGGUGGAUUUUUGGAGAACUUUUGAGAGGCCGACUUCAAACCAUGUGGGAGAGUAAAAUGGAAACUGGGUGGACUUUCUAACGUAUGUCUGUCCUUUUGUAAUAUGGUGUUUAGGGUUUUUUUUUUUUUGAGUACUUUUGGAGGUUCGAAACAAUUAGCAAACAUUUAUAUGAAUGUGUUAAAAGCAGAAGACUUGUAUUUGGGGCACAUUCAUAACAUGCAUUACAGUUUAGCACUUUAACUGACUUAAAUGCCGUUGAUGAAACACUUGACAGAUAGCUGUAUUUUUAUAAGACUACUAUACCAACAAAUUACAUAGAGUUUAAGAUUUAAGGUACUUCACACUUUAUGAUCAACAUUGUACAUAUUUAUAUAAUUUGAAAAAAGGUUUUAUAUAUGGGGAUUUUCUAUUUAUAGAGGUAAUAUUCUGUUUGUAUAUAUUGAGAUUAUUUAUUUAAUAUACUUUUAUAUAAAUAAAGGUAACUGGGAAUUGUGA